AUAGAGGAGGGGAGAAGCCGGGAUGGAAAUCGGGAUGGCCAAAGGGGGCAACGAAGUUGGAAUGUUCGGAGGUCGGGAUAGGGAGGGGAGGAAGUCGGGAUGGGGAGAGAGGGUCAGAGGGUCGGGAUGGGGAUGGGGAGAGAGGGUCGGAGGGUCGGGAUGGGAAGGGGGAAGUCGGGAUGCAGGGGGGAGUCUGGAUUCGGGUCGGAAGACGGACGACGCUGGGAUAGGGGAAGGGGAAGUCGAAGUCGGGAUGGAAAGAGAGGAGGAAAUCAGGAUGGGGAGAGGGGGUCGGAGAGUCGGGAUGCGGGAUGGAUGCAAGAGAGGGUCGGAGGGUCGGGAUGGGGAGGAGGGGUCGGAGAGUCGGAAUGGGGAGGGGGAAGUCGGGAUGCGGGAUGGGUGCGACCUGAAGACCGACGACGUCGGGAGAGCGAAAGGGGAAGUCGGGAUCGAGAAGUUUUCAGGAUGGGGGCGACAAGGGCAAAGGGGGCAACGGAGUCAGGAUGGGGAGGGGGAGAGCGAAAGGGGAAGUCGGGAUCGAGAAGUUUUCAGGAUGGGGGCGACAAGGGCAAAGGGGGCAACGGAGUCGGGAUGGGGAGGGACAGGUCCGGAGGUCGGGAUGGGGAGAGAGGAUCGAAGGGUCGAAAUGGGGAGGGGGAAGUGGGGAUGCGGGAUGGGCGCAACCCGAAGACCGACGACGUCGGGAUAGCGGAAGGGGAAGUCGGGAUUGAGAAGUUGUCGGGAUGGCGGCGACAAGGGCAAAGGGGGCAACGGAAUCGGGAUGGGGAGGGACAGGUCCGGACGUUGGGAUAGCGAGGGGAGGAGGUCGGGAUGGGGAGAGAGGAUCGGAGGGUCAGGAUGGGGAGGAGGAAGUCGGGAUGCGGGAUGGGCGCGACGAGGUCGCGGAGGGGGGAAGUCCGGAUUGAUUGAUUGAUUGGUUGGUACGAGGGGGGGUUGUGGGUAAGGAGGGGAAGAAGUCAGAAUGGGGAGAGAGGGUCGGAGGGUCGGGAUGGGGAAGAGGAAGUCGGGAUGCCGGAUGAGGGGGACGAGGUCAGGGAGGGGGGAAGUCCAGAUUGGUUGAUUGAUUGAUUAGUAAGAGGGAGGGGUUUGUGGGUAAAGGGGGAAGCGUUGAAAGCUUGAUUAGGGUUUUUUUUUUUUUUUCCCGAAUCAAAAUCAGCUUGAUUU